GUCGAAUUCACUGUUUCUCCUCAAACACACACACACGUUUGCGAAUCUCCGACGUCCGUUUCUCCUCGCCGUAGAAUCGCCGUUCAUUCUUUCGCCGCCUUCAGUCUUCCCUCCAUUGACCCUUUUUUUGGUAAUUCGUCUUCUUUUUGCUCUCUCGUUCUCUCUUUUUCGAUUUCUGGGUACAGAAAUCGAUGGCUCUCGUUUUUCUUUCUCUGUUGCUGUUCUAUUACUUUCUCUUAUAUAUAUAUGAUUGUUACUCUAGUGAUGAAUUUUGAUACAUUGGUUGUUUGAAAUUGAUCUCUGUUGUGCUUUUAUAAUUCCGGGGUCAAGAUUGGCUGUUUAAAUCUAGUAAAGUUUGCAUUUUUCUUUUCUGUUUGCAGAGAUUAACUUGAUUAUACUUUUGUUUUUAAGAAGAAGAAGAGCGAUUACAAGCGCAAGUGUGUAUAAUGACUUAAAGAGAGCUCCUGUUACUCCGAGUGAUAGAUAGUCUACAAUUAUAUCUUACUCUGAGUGAAAGCAAUGGCGUACGGUGGUCCGUCCAUGAAUCCACCGGCUUUGAGUGGAGCUGUUCCCGGGUCUGCUAAUCUGAAGCAAGUGAAAUUGGAGAGAGAAAGCGAGCUCAGGAUCGAAGUCUCUGAAGAGCCUCUCAGACUCCGUGUGGUUAACGGGACCGCUGAGAUUUUUGGCUCUGAACUGCCUCCUGAAAUAUGGCGUACCUUCCCUCCUCGCAUGAAAUUUGCGGUUUUCACUUGGUAUGGAGCGACAAUUGAGAUGGAUGGUGUCACGGAAACUGACUAUACAGCAGAUGAGACGCCGAUGGUCAGCUACAUUAAUGUGCAUGCCAUACUAGAUGCAAGGAGACGUUUUGCCAAAGCUUCCACAUCUAAUGACCCAGAAUCUUCUCAGGGACCUCGGGUUAUUGUAGUAGGGCCUACGGAUUCCGGGAAGAGCACAUUGACAAAGAUGCUCCUUAGUUGGGCAGCUAAACAGGGAUGGAGACCUACAUUUGUAGACCUUGAUGUUGGCCAAGGCUCGAUUACAAUACCAGGAUCUAUUGCUGCUGCCCCUAUUGAAAUGCCACUGGAUCCAGUUGAAGGGUUUCCUCUUGAUAUGGCCCUUGUUUACUACUACGGCCACGCAUCACCAAAUAUGAACGUUGAACUGUACAAAGCUCUGGUGAAAGAGCUUGCUCAAGUUCUGGAGAAACAGUUUGUCGGAAACCCUGAAUCGCGAGCUGCUGGAAUGGUGAUCAACACAAUGGGAUGGAUCGAGGGGAUUGGUUAUGAGCUGCUUCUCCACGCAAUAGACACAUUCAAUGCCUCGGUUGUACUUGUAUUGGGUCAGGAAAAACUCUUCAGCAGGCUUAAAGAUGUGCUGAGAAGUAAGAGUAAUGUCGACGUCGUGAAGCUUCACAAGUCUGGUGGAGUUGUAGCCAGGGUCAAAGAGGUCCGUAAAAGAUCAAGGAACUUUAAGAUUCAGGAAUAUUUUUACGGUUUAUCGAAAGAACUCUCUCCGUAUGCCAAUACAUCGAGUUUCAGUGAUCUGCAAGUGUUCCGAAUUGGUGGUGGACCACAAGCGCCAAAAUCGGCUCUUCCAGCCGGGUCUACCUCGGUUUCAAAUCCGUUGCGGGUGACGCCUGUAAAUAUCGAUGAUCGGGAUCUGCUGCAUUCUGUUCUUGCUGUCUCAUACGCAGAAGAACCAGACCAGAUCAUCUCAAGCAAUGUUUCUGGGUUUGUGUAUGUGACGGAAGUUAAUGUGCAGAAGAAGAAGAUAACGUAUUUAGCACCAUCGCCUGGGACAUUACCUAGCAAGUUGUUGGUCGCUGGAUCAUUGGCAUGGCUUGAGUCAGUAUGACUUACUUAGAGAAGAGAGGAGCCAUGUUUUUUGCUUGAGAGAAUGAUGCAGCAGCUCGAUUAUGUAACGUUAAUUACAAAUAGCCUUUUUCUUCUUUAUCAAAUGCACAAGUUUUUGAGUUUAAAAGAUCAUUAUUGCGGAAUAGAUGGUUGGUUGUAAUUUGAUGUUAUGAAGUGAGCAAAAAAUAAUGUUGAUUUACUAGUGCGUUAGUUCUGUUUGUUUGGUUCAGCAUAUUCAAGUGAUGUGUGUAGCAUUUUUAAAUUUGAUAGGUCGAACAUAUCUUAUGUUAUUGGAUGAUUUCGAAAUAGUAUAUGAUAAUGUUCAAAGUCAC